AUGCUAUGUAUUAUCUCGUUUUGCAAAGGUGUACCUGGCCCGCUUCGCUCUGGUUUCGUCGACCUACUGCUUACUAUGCACCUGGACAGUCACGUGAAGAUGAAACAAGUGACGGGUCAGGAGUACCUUGUCCCUCUUGACCGUGAUAAGUUGCUAAAUCCAAAACCGACUGGCCGACCAGAAGAUUUCUUGCAAAAUCUGGACCUGGAUAAAAUUCCUUCCGUCUCUGAGCACAUUAGCAUCAGGCCUGAUUUGCACAUGGAUCCACAUCUUUUACUGUGA